AUGUCUUCAUUCAACCAGCUUACCUCAAUUUUGAACCAAAACAAGUUAGAAGGACCGAAUUAUGUUGAGUGGAGAAGGAACCUUGAUAUUGUCCUAAUUGCUGAAGGUUACAAAUUUAUAAUCACCGAGGAAUGCCCAGAAAAACCUGAAAAUGCUACUGAUGAUCAGGUUAAGGCCUAUGACAAAUGGGUCAAGGCUGAUAAGAUGGCGCGAUGUUACAUUCUUGCCUCUACGGCGAAUGUUUUGCAACAUCAACAUCUGUCUAUGGGGUCUGCUUAUGACAUGCUCGAAAGUCUCAAAGAGAUGUUCGGUGAGCAAAAUCGUGUGGCUAAGCAGACAACCAUGAAAUCCCUUUUGAACACCAAGAUGGCUGAAGGAUCAUCCGUCAGGGACCAUGUUCUGAAGAUGAUGAGUCUUCUGAAUGAACGGGAGGUCCUUGGAGCUGUGAUUGAUAAGAAAUAUCAAGUUGAGAUGGUAUUGCAGACUCUGCCUUACAGUUUUCAACAAUUUCGCUUGAACUAUAAUAUGAACAAAAUGGAUUUGUCACUGGCGAAAUUGUUGAAUGAUCUACAAGCGACAGAAUCUAUUGUCAAACAGCAAGCUCCAAUUGUGGCACUCAAUGUUGAGAAAGCUUCAGUUUCUAAGUCGAAAGGAAGUAAGAAAAAGAACAAGGCUCAAAAGGUUUUGGCACCUGGAGGUGCGACUGGUGUGAAAAAUCCCAAAUGA